AUGUCUGAACCGAAACAACUCCAGCUUCAAGUCGAAGGGCUCAGUAAUUUGAUGCAGACUCUGGAAGAGCAUAAGGGGAAGAGGAGAACGGUGAUGUUUAUCGGUGCUAUGAAUGAGAAUGGCGAGAGCUGGUGCCCCGAUUGUCGAGACGGUUUGUAACUCGUCAGGAAUCUUUCGUCCUGGAAACUAUCAGCAAGCUUAAUUAUAAUUUCAAGUCUCCUGUUGAGAAAACUGGUUUCGUCUAUUCCAUAUUGUUAAAAGCAUUAAGAGAUCGGAGCGAUACAUUUUCCUAAGCAGUAUAUUGAAUGUUUUUUUACUGUUGUCAACCAUCGAUCGUCUGUAUUUUUUUCAGUCUGGACUACACCCAGUCGAUUGUAGAUAAGUCAGCUGAUUUUAAUCACGCACAGUAUUAGAGAAGGGAAUAUUUUUUUUAUGCAAAAUUUUUUUUACCAUUGCGAUCCAUGACGAUUAUGGGAAGAAAUCGAUAUUUCCUCAAGUUGCAAUAUUCUUGGAUUGAUGACAUAAAUCGAUCGAGUGUCAACUACUUACCGAAACGUAUGAGUCACAAGAAUAAAUGAAUAUUCAUUUAAAAACUGAACAUACUGUACUCAUUGGCGUAGCAAUGAGAACAAACUUCUUAUUUUCUCUUUUUUUCGUGUCUCAUCACUCCCAAUUUCUCAUCAGUAAUUCUUUUUACUGUCAGCUAUGCAAUUCAUAUGUUGAUAGUUCGGAGAAUUUGUUUUUGGACCAACCAAUAAUCCCCUAAUUGACAUUUUUCUGUAUUCUCAUCACUUGUCUAAUUGAAAUUGUAUUGAUAUAGAAAUGAGAAAUUUUCUCUUGGUCACUCAUGGGAGUCAAUAAUUCCCUAGUUAAUAAUUUUUUGAUUCUCAUCACUUGUCUGCUUGAUAUUGUUUUGAUAUGGUAAGGAGAAAUCUUGUCUUGGUUAUCAUGGGAGUUAAAGGCUGGGCGAAGGUUCACGCAGAAUGAAACUUUGGAGUAAUAUUAUUGUUUUGAAAAUGGUGUCAUAGUUGUAGAGCUGAAGUUGUAAGGCUGAAGUUGUAAGCCAUGAACUGAUAAUCUCCCUUAACAAAUGGAGUUUUCAGUCAUAGAACUGUAAUUUCUAAGCCUUCAAUUUUAAGUUCUGAGAAUUUUAAAACAAUACCAUUUUACUAAAUCUUUGAUAUUGAUUUUUAGCUGAGCCAAUUGUAGAGGCUGCUUUGAAAAAGGCCCCAUCUGAUAUGGUGUUCAUAUUGGUUAUUGUUGGUGAUAAGCCUGAGUAAGUAUGUCGCCAUUGGUAAAAUCAGAUAGGAUGAAAAAAAUUUUUGCUUCCAUAUUUGUGGUUUUGCAUUGUUUGUUAUUCUUACAAUUGUUUUACCAGCUGACAGCUUUUUAUGCAAAGGGGAUGAAAGCAAAUUCGCUAUGUGAUAUAAAAAAUGUUCUUUUCCAUACAUUUCCUUUGAUACUGAUAAGGAGAAUUUCUUUAACAAUGAAAGUUUCUUAGGUUGAGAUCAUUUCCUUUAUUCUCAUGGUCUUAGUGAGUGAUUGAGCUGUAUGCUAUAUGCUCCUACAGUGUGGGUUUAAAGGGUUUAGUGAAUAUAUAUAUCGUUAAAAAAGACAACUUCAUUGGGCUGGUUAUUUAAACAAGGUUAAGCUGUCAUCUAACAAACUGUGUUCUGAACUAUCUUCAGUUUAGCUGAACCUUUUAUCUGAAGUAAUAUUUAUUAAAUUAAAACAAACCUUUUACAGGGAAUAACUGACGCCCAUUGCUUGUGUAAAACCCAAAGGUGGGUUAGACCUCAUGUAAAUAAUCAGCCCAUGGGGUGUAAUACCCAUGCUCUCAAGGCAAAUGUUUGAAAUUGUAAGCUUAAUUUGGAUGAACAUUCUUAAAAAUAUGCACUCUCUCUUGUCUAAACUAAGCAGAAAAUAGAACUUGACAUUAUAACAGGCUUUGACCUUGUAACUCACAUGAGUUACUAAGACAAAACUUCCCUGUACAAUAUUAAUACAAUGUCAAGUAGACAAGUGAUGAAAUUAAUUAAGGAAUGGUAUUAGUUGAUCCAAUAUCAAAUUCCCUGUGCUAACAUCACAGGGAUUGUAUUAUAGACAGUUAGGAGAAUUACUGGUGAGAUCUUGAGGGUGAAAGGGUUAAAUAUCUACAUGUUUAUGUGGUGAUGGUGACUAGCUAUCAUAUAGUUGGCUUUCAUGCAGUGGUAUUGUUGCUUAAAAAUCAGACCCAGCUUGUGCAAUUGAUACUGCAAUAACACUAUCUGCUGGAUAUUAAUUUCUAUCUGUCCGAUAGCAAAGUACAUUUUGUUAACAGUUAUCUGCUGGAUAGCAAUUUAACCAAUAGAUAAAGUUAUACCUAGAAAGACUGGGGCCAGGUGGUAAUUACAUGAUUCAUUUUUGUUUCAAUAGGUGGAAAUCACCUGAUAAUGAAUUUAGAACAAAUCCUGCUUUCAAACUGAAAGAAAUUCCAACAAUCGUGGAUUAUGGCACUGUAAGUGAACUUGAUGUUGAUACUGGUAAUUUGCAGUUAUUAAAUUGAUUUAAAUGUUUUGUCUCUCUCUCAGACUUAAAUGUAUACGUGGCAGACACAAUAAAGUCCAGUCCCUUUUUUUUUCUUAAAAUAUUUAGUUCUGAAAGUUGUAGGAGAACAGCCAUUCUUGAUUGAUGCACUGUUCCCCAUUGCCUAUUUAGUGAAUAAACACAUUUUGCAUGAAAGGACUCACCUCAGAUGCCUUUUUAGUUCAACUUGAUAGAUGGGUUGUCAGUAAAGCAUAGGAAGUAACAUUUCUUUAACAAUCAGCUGGUGCCAUCUACUCUUAAAAUAAAAAUAAUAUUUUUCUAUCAUCAUCUAGCCUAGCCUUUUGAUGAUCUUUACAUUUAAUUUUUUUUAUUUUUUAGUUUGGAUUUGAUUUCAGGUAUAUUAUUACCAUUUUAAAUCACUAUCACCAUUAUUAUGGUAAAACAUAAGUAAUAAUAAGAAGUGAACUUUAUUAGCAUAUCUUGUAUCUAUCCUGGUACAGUAACUGUAACUCAAUAUGCAUUAAGAUAAAAUUUCACACAGACUUACAAUACAAUCAUAUUCUAUAUGAGUGUAUUCUAUAUUCUUUAUAUAGCUAAAUUUAAUUGCAUAUUAAAAUCUAACAAUUAGAAAAUGUUCAAAAGUUGUCCAUAGAGUGUGAGUGUGUAACUUGACCUAUGUGCACCAUCACUACCAUCCAACAAUCAUUAUUGCUAUAAUUAUUAUUAGUAUAGUAUCAGUUAUUAUUAUUAUUAUUAUUAUUAUUAUUAUUAUAACUUUCCUGAUAUAUUUAUUUUAAUUGUUAUUAUUAUUAUUAUCAUUAUUUUUGGGUAUAGUGGGGCAUCCAUGAAUUUGUCCAAGUGACACAGUCUAGUGUCAGUGCAACUGACAUCAUGACGCAGAUUUCUUAAUUUAUCACAUUUUUUUUUUUUUCAGGACAAAAGACUUGGUUGUGAAGAUUGCAAAAAUUCAGAGAUAGUGGACAAAUUCUUUACAGAAUGACAAGAUAAAUCAUUGUCUUUGUCCUUCACCCUAAGCUGUCACAGCAUAAGUUACUUUAGGCAGUGUACCCUUUCACUCUGUUUCUGUCCAGUAAUUAGUUGUGAAAUGUGCCAUGCCUGUAGAACAAGUUACGCUGAUUUCUUCAACUGUAAUUUUGCCCAACUUUACUUUAUUUUCAAAAUUCUAAUUUAAAUAAUUUAUAAAAAUUAAUAUAAACUGUAUGGGUCUUGCAAGUUUAAAAGAAAUGAACAAUAGAAGUGUGACUUAUUCUUCAGUAAGAGAAUAAAGAUUUUCAUCCGUUAAAUAUUUUUUUAUCAAUUUUAAACAUUAUUCAAAGAUAGGAAAAUUUUGCUUUUAAUUUACUUUGAACAUCAACCUUUUCUCUCCCAGCAGUGAUCAAGAUUUAAUUUCUUCUAACACUACCAUUACAUUAUAAAGCAGACAAGUGAUUAGGAUAAACAAAAGUAUCAAGGAGGGAAUGCAAUUUGAAUUAAAUCCAAACUCCUGCAACCAACAUUAUGAGAAAUGUAGGGCAGACAGUAAGGAGAAUUACUAUGUUGGGAGUUAAAGGUGUUAAACAGUUAGUUGAUUCCCUGAGAAAAGUAGAAUAUAUUUUAAAUUGACUGCCUGUCACAUUUUGCAGCUAAUGAUACAAAUAGAUUAUCUUAAAUAUGGUGAAAUUAAAUAUUUGAAUUAAGCUUAACUUCCUAUUUUUUCUGAUGUUGUGAACCGAGAAGAGUUAGAAAUAUUUACCAGUAUUAGAGUUAUUUUUCUGGUUUUGUGUAUGUAGUUGUAGUGACUGAUUCGUUUUCAACUACUUCUGUCGUAAAUACUUUGCCUUAAAGCAAUUGACAACAGGCAAUAAAGCUUUGACGAGAU